AUGGGCGAGCAUUUCCGAUGCGUCCUCAACCGCCCCUCCGGCAUCUCCGACGCCGCCAUCGAGCGUUUUCCGCAAGUGGAGACCAACGCAGACCUGGACCUCCCGACAUCUCUCCAGGAGACCAUCAGGGCCGUGCAGCAGCUCUCCAGCGGGAAAGCACCCGGAUCGGACGCAAUCCCUGCUGAGGUCUACAAGCACGGAGGUCCCCCACCGAUGGAUCACCUGACUGCGCUCUUCCAGGAGAUGUGGCGUCAAGGUGAAGUCCCGCAAGAUUUCAAAGACGCAACCAUCGUGCAUCUGUACAAGCGCAAAGGGAAUCGCCAAGUCUGCGACAAUCACCGCGGCAUCUCCCUGCUGAACAUCGCCGGGAAGAUCUUCGCCCGCAUCCUUCUCAACCGCCUCAAUAACCAUCUGGAACAGGGCCUUCUGCCGGAAAGCCAAUGCGGCUUCCGUCGUCAUCGUGGGACCACGGAUAUGAUCUUCGCCGCCCGUCAACUUCAGGAUAAGUGUCAAGAGAUGCGGACCGACUUGUACUCUACCUUCGUGGACCUGAUGAAAGCCUUCAACACGGUGAAUCGUGAAGGACUGUGGAGGAUCAUGCAGAAAUUCGGCUGUCCGGAGCGAUUCACUCAGCUGGUGCGUCAGCUGCACGACGGUAUGAUGGCGCGAGUCACGGACAACGGAGCUGUCUCAGAGGCAUUCGCAGUGACCAAUGGCGUGAAGCAGGGCUGCGUACUGGUGCCUAUCCUCUUCAGUCUUAUGUUCUCUGCCAUGCUGAUGGACGCCUAUCGUGAUGAGCAUCCCGGGAUCCGCAUCGCCUACAGGACGGACGGUCACCUCCUGAAUCAACGGCGGAUGCACUUCCAAUCGCGCGUCUCCACAACCACCGUUCACGAACUUCUCUCCAUCGACGACUGCGCCCUGAACGCCACCCCGGAAGAGGAGAUGCGACGGAGCAUGGACCUCUUCCUUGCCGCCUGCGAGAACUUCGGUCUAGUCAUCAACACACAGAAGACGGUGGUGAUGCACCAACCGCCACCCAACUCGGCCACAGCCCCCAACGCGCCGCCGCAAAUCAGCGUGAAUGGGACCCACCUGCAAGUGGUGGAGAACUUCCCGUACCUGGGCAGUACUCUCUCCGCAACACCAAGAUCGACGACGAAGUCGCCAACAGGAUCUCGAAAGCCAGUCAAGCCUUCGGUCGCCUCCAAAGCACAGUUUGGAAUCGUCAUGGUCUCCAACUGA